AUGGUGGGAAUGGAUAAUGUGGAAUUGUCGCAUCUCCAGUUUGCAGACGAUACCAUUUUAUUUUGUCCUCAGGAAACGGAAACGCUAGUGAACUACAAGAGGCUCCUGCGUUGUUUUGAGCUAAUGUCUGGCCUGAGUAUCAACUUUGAAAAAUCGAGCCUAAUUUCAGUCAACUGUGAGAAGGAAUGGGUGACGAAUAUGUGUGGUCUAUUGGGUUGUGGAGAAGCGGUUUUACCUGUUAGGUACUUAGGGAUUCCUCUUGGUGCUAAUCCUCGAUUGGUGAAGACUUGGAAACCUAUCAUAGACAAGGUUGAAGACAGGCUGAGUUUAUGGAAAGCUAAAUUCCUCAACAAAGCGGGUAAGUUGGUCCUUAUAAAAUCUGUCCUCAAUAGCCUGCCGGUUUACUACUUAAGCUUGUAUAAGAUGCCAAAGGGGGUUGCAGACAGGAUUAUUGGGCUCCAAAGAAGGUUCCAGUGGAGUAAAGAAGAUGGGAAUAAUGGGAUACCAAUGGUGAAAUGGGAGGUAGUUCAGGCUCCGAAAAAACUAGGAGGAUUAGGGGUGGGAGAUGCUCUAAUUAGGAAUGCAGCUCUAUUGUUCAAAUGGUGGUGGCGUUUUUCAAAGGAGGACUGUCCGCUUUGGAAAAAGAUUGUCUGCUCUUGUAAUCAAUUGGACCCAACUGUAAUGUUAUCAAACCAACCUGUGCGACCAAGAGGGGGGCCGUGGAAAGAUAUAUGCCAGCUUAAUAUUAAGGACCAACAGGCAAGAGAUAUGAUGAUCAGGGGUCUGUUGAUGGAGGUGGGAAAUGGCAGAAACAUUCGCUUUUGGGAGGAUGCGUGGCUACAAGAUGGCUCCUUGAAAGAAUGUUUUCCAAGACUCUUCUCGGUUUCAAAUCAACAAGGAUCCGUAAUAGGGGACUGUGGGUUCUGGGAUGGGAUAGAGUGCUACAUAAUGAGACGCUCCCAGCAGACAUCACAAGAUACAACUUCACAAGCACCAUAUGGACAGGUAUGGUGUGCUUGGCUGACAUUUUCGGAUAGAGCUUGGGUCAUCCCAGGAACCACUAAAGAGUUCUAUGAGAGCUGGAUUGAAGCAACAGGUGGGAAGUCAGAGCAAAGAAAAUGGCUGAUAGGAUUUUGUGCGGUUAUUUGGAACAUCUGGCUGGAGCGAAAUAGCAGAGUCUUCCAGCAGGUAGAGACAAGUGUUGAAGCUGCUAUCUGCCUCAUUAUUGGUCUCUUCGCGAUGAUCCUGCCGCUUCUUCCUCUUCGUGAUGACCUUGUCACUUCUUCCUCUACCCUCUUCCUCACCAGAAACAUGGCACUUUUGAAGACAGCGCAAUGCCAACCAAUGAAAAGUUUUAGAAAAGUUUUGUUAUAUACUAAUGACAACGACACUGACUCGCUGAGACCCAUGCCACCAUUGCUUACUAAGGACGACGCCACUGAGGAGUGA